UCCCAUUUUCCUAACUGACAUCAGUUUUCAUUGGUAAGAAAAGAUCCCUCUCCUUCCUAUCAAAUAGCUUCACGCGUUCGCCUAUGAGGGAGAGCUAUGCAAAAACGUUUUUUAAGAGGUAGAAGAUCCAAACGCGGUAUUAACAAAUGAGCGUUGUUUCCAAAAAAAUCAGAAGAGGACCUUUCUCUGCUUUUCACGGAUCAGCACACCACCUCAUAAAAGAUAUCUCCCACAUUUGAGAUUAAAAAAAGAAAAAAAACCUUGUUGAAGAAGGAGGAGAGAGCAGAAAAUAUUUUCAACAAGAGACUUUUAACCUACAUACUUCCUUCAACCCAAGCCAACACACAUCAAUUUUUUUUCAUCAACCUUCCACCACCACCUGCAUUUUUUUUCAACGACAUCAACCUCACAAUCUCGCCUCCGCCUCCUUCAUUUCCAUCACCAGCCUUUACCUUACUCUGUUUCAAUCUUCGGUUCUAUUUACAGAUAUGUCGUACUCACAUCGAUCUUAACCUUCGAUCAUCAUCACUGGAAGUUACUUUCUUUUCAUCUGCUUGGUAUUUUGCAUUCAGAAGACAUGGGUGGCAAUCAAAAAUGUACUUAUUCAUUCAAGUUCAGGAAUCCAAAGCUAGGAUUGAUUAAGGGGUUGAUCUCAGAUGUGAAAAAAAUCAGAAGGAACAACUUUUGUGUUGAGUAUGGUGACCUAUUGACUAUCAUGAACACCGAGGUGGAUGCUUGGGCCAUUUUCACUUUGGCACAAUUCUAUAAUCCUCCCUUGCGGUGUUUCACAUUCCAGGACUUCCAGUUGGCGCCAACAUUGGAAGAGUUCUCACAUAUAGCAAACAUUGGUAUCAAGGAUGAAGUCCCUUACACUGGUCUAGGGGAAUUUCCUACACCUCAACAAAUAGGUUCAUCUAUACAUCUAGAUAAAGCGGAAGUGAAGGCUAAUCUUGGACCAAAAGGAGGCACUUCGGGAUUCACUUUGAAGUUCUUAGUGGGAAAAGCUUCAGAUUUCAAAAGUAAAGAAGAUUGGGUCGCUUUCAAUGUUGUGUUAGCCUUGAUACUCUAUGGGAUUGUCUUGUUCCCGAACAUUGAUGGCUUCGUGGACAUGACUGCUAUACGCAUUUUCUUGCUCAAGAAUCCCAUUCCCACCUUGCUUGCAGAUGUUUAUCACUCUAUCCAUUGGAGAAAUGAGAAGAAGGGGGGGAUGAUCCAGUGUUGCGCUCCUUUACUGUAUAAAUGGUUCUUAUAUCACUUACCAAACGAAGGGCCUUUUAUUCAGAACAAGGAUAACCUCAAGUGGUCUCAAAAAAUCAUGUCUCUCACUGCCAAUGACAUCACCUGGUACUCUCGUGUUUAUGAUGAUGUGGACAUAAUCGUCAAAUGUGGCAACUUCCAUAAUGUGCCACUCAUAGGAACUCGAGGUUGCAUCAAUUACAAUCCUGAGCUUGCUAUGCGGCAACUUGGGUUUCCUAUGAAUGACAAACCAGAAGACAAGUUGUUAGAAGGUUUCUUGCUAGGAGAAGGAGUGAAGGACUUUGAUCUGGUGAAGAGGAUAGGUCGUGCCUGGACUAAAGUUCGUAGAGAAGGAAAAAGGGAGCGUGGAAAGAAGAAUUGUAUAGCUAGAGGGCCAUAUACAAGUUGGGUCCAAGCCAGAGCUUCUCAAGACAAACUACCAUACCCUUAUGAGCCUCCAAUGCAUACAAAUCCUCCAGAACCUACUCACGUCACUAUGGAGGAAGCUAAAGAGCUCAAAGUUGUCAUCCAAAGUUUGGAAAAAGAGAAUGAAGAGCUACGGUUGAACCUUCUCCGGAUUACUGAAGAAAGGGAUAAUCAUAAGUGGGAGCUUGGGCGGAAGAAAACACAACUUCAAGCAAAUGUGGAAAUGACUGAUAAGGAGGAAUAUAAGAGAAAAAGAGUCAAACAGGGGUUAGAUCCGGCUGAGAGCUGCUUGAAUACCGUCAAAAGCCAACUGAAAGAGGCUGAGAGGGAUUGUCGUGAGAAAGAGAAAUGGUGGAAGCUCGCCACAAAACAAAAAAAGGAGAUAAGAGAGAUGCUUGAGGCUGAGAUAGCCAACCUCAGUGUUUCACUCUUUGAAUCAAAAGAAAGGGAAGAACGAGAACGCCGCAGUAAAGAGAGUGUUAUGGCUGCUACUCAGGUUACACCUGAAAUGUGGAAUGGAAAGUGCCAGGAGGCUGAAAAUGCUAAUGAGUGGGAACGAUACUGGAGAGGCCGACAUGACUCUUUGCUACAAGAAGGUGAAGAUUAGAUGAACGCAAGGGAAAAUGUGAAUGCUAGUUUGGCAGCCUGCGAGGAAACCAUCCAGUUUUUACAUGAACAAAGAAAUGAGUAUCGAGACAAAUUUGCCAGUUUGAUAGACUUCUGUAAUGGCAUGGCUACGAAUGUGCCUUUGAUGCUAAGAUGUGCUUUGGAAGACAUAGACAAUGACAACAUCCCUCGUUCAGUGACUGAAUUUAUUUAUCUUUGUGAAGACAUGAUAAAAAGGUUCAAAGGAGAGUUGGAAGAUCUCAACAAACAGAAGCCUGCAGUUUGACCUUUUUUAUUUAUUUUAUGUUGUACUUUCCUUUAUGUUUGAAAGAAUAUUUUGUACUCAAUCCUUGUACUCUAUUUUGAAUUGAAUGAAUGAAGGAUUUUGAGUU